GUUUUUUUGCUUCCUCCUUGGACUCACUUCCUUUUCUCUUUUUCCCUCCCCGCAGGGAGCAUCGUCCAGCCUGGUGGUCAAGUUUGCCGACACGGACAAGGAGCGCACCAUGCGCCGGAUGCAGCAAAUGGCGGGUCAGAUGGGCAUGUUCAACCCCAUGGCCAUACAGUUUGGAGCAUACGGCGCGUACGCACAGGCACUGAUGCAGCAACAGGCUGCCAUCAUGGCCUCCGUGGCGCAAGGCGGCUACCUAAACCCUAUGGCGGCCUUCGCAGCAGCCCAGAUGCAGCAGAUGGCCGCCCUCAACAUGAACGGGCUGGCGGCCACCCCCAUGACCCCCACCUCAGGUGGCAGCACGCCUCCAGGCAUCACCGCACCAGCCGUGCCUAGCAUCCCCUCCCCCAUUGGGGUGAAUGGUUUCACUGGUCUCCCGCCACAACCGAAUGGGCAACCUGCAGCAGAAGCCGUCUUUGCCAAUGGCAUCCAUCCUUACCCAGCACAAAGCCCAACCACGGCUGACCCUUUGCAACAAGCAUACGCUGGAGUACAGCAAUACGCAGCUGCUUACCCUGCUGCCUAUGGUCAGAUAGGUCAAGCCUUCCCACAGCCACCUCCCAUGAUACCACAGCAACAGAGAGAAGGACCAGAGGGCUGCAACCUGUUUAUCUACCAUCUGCCCCAGGAGUUUGGGGACGCAGAGCUGACGAUGUUCCUGCCAUUCGGCUUUGUGAGUUUUGACAAUCCUGCUAGUGCCCAGGCGGCCAUCCAGGCUAUGAAUGGCUUCCAGAUUGGGAUGAAGAGGCUGAAGGUCCAGCUGAAAAGGCCAAAGGAUGCUAACCGUCCUUACUGAAGAAUGGUGGGAAACACUGGAUAAGCAAGGUCUAGCACAGGGCGUCAGCUGAAUGAUGGGCCACCCUUAGAGAAAUAUAUAUAAAUAUAGAUAUAUAUAUAUAAAAAAAUAAAUAUAUAUAUAUUAAAUAAUAUAUAUAUAGGAAUGAGAACUGUGGGAUUACACCUUUAAACAUCUCAGUCAAGUGGAAGACUUUGAACUUUCGUGCUCUUUCUGGUUGAUCGGACUGGAAACUUUGCUUGGAGGAAAGUUGCCUUCGGCUGGCUUGGAAGGACCUGUGGUGGACAACCAAAACUGAUGAACAAAUCAAGAACAUUGGAAAAGAAAAGAAAUCAUGGCAGGAGAAAAAAAAAAAGAAUUACUUCGAUUUCUACAGUGAACUUGAUCUAAACCAUCAUAGCUUUUCCCCAAUCUGGAAAUGCUGAACGUGUGCCUGUGGCCAUCGCAGAUGGGGUUGCUAUGGUCGCCCAUGGCAACCAUCACUAAGCAUUCUUUAUCUGUCAUUCCUUAGCUACAUAGGGACCAAAGGACAUAACUUUUUACCGCAGACUUGUAGUUGUAUGUAAAUUACUCAGAAGUUCUUUCCUUUUCUCUUAGCUGUUCCCGCUAAGACAGCUUUGGAGAGCAAAUUCUAUGAAAUAAUGUAAAACACACACACACACACACACACACACACACACACACACAACAUAACAAAACAAAAACUGAAACUGCUUCGACGCUUUUAAAAAAAAUGGCAAGAUAAUAGUUAUUUGAUACUUUCGAAGGUCUUUGGAUAUACCUUAAUUAGAGUCUAUGAAACUUUCAUAUGGUUUUCUUUAUAACAGGGAUGGACUGAGGGGGAUUCGAAGGGGCAGGUUCAGGAGAGAGUACUGGCGGAAGAGGAAGCCACAUGAAGAAAAGAAAAAAAAUAUGGCUUCGUGUUUUGUUAAGGAGAAUGAAGAAGAAGAAAAGAAUGCUGAUACGACGUAGAACGAUAGCUUGUUUAUAAAAAGCCCCCCCCCUCCUCCACCCAAACCCCUAAUAGUUGUACAGAAUUAAAAAAAAAAGUUUAAAUACUUAUAUAACGGGGCAGGGGGAAGAUUAGAUGACGUAAAAAGCAAAAAAAAAGCAAAAAAAUAUAUAUAGGCGUUAGCGUUAAUGCUAAGAAAACACACAAAGAUGUCGUAGAAAACUUUUUUGUAGCGUUUAGAUUGAUAGCCGAUCCUGCUCUAAUCAACUGCUGUCAGAAGCGGUGUCUGAUGGACAGGCCAGGAGGAGAAAGUGGCUUAAUUUGGCAAGUUUUUGACAAUAACCAUUCUGCUAAGUCGUAUCGAAAUCGGUGGAUAAUUAAUCACUCAUAAGUCUUGAACCAACCGAUAACUCAGCGGCUAUCUAAUUCAAAGUUAGUUGCAACUUGACAGAAGGAAAAUCAAUGGGGCCAAACUUAGUUGCAAUUUGCAAAUCAACCAGGCCAAAGUUAGUUGCAAUUGGACGAAAGGAAAAACAUUUUCCUUUCUGGACAUUUUCCACAAGACAUUGCCAAAAGCCACCGAUUUAAGUUUCUGCUUUGAUAGCUUCCAUAUUUGUUCUAAAUCCUUCAGGACUGGG